AUGUAUGGAAUAAAAUAUCUGCAUACUACGCCGUAUCUUCCGCAAGCCAAUGGUCUCGUCGAACGUCUACAUCGUCGGCUCAGAUCAGCACUUUUGUGUCACCAAGAGUCAUGGUACAACGCAUUACCAGCCGUUUUGCUCGGCUUACGCGCUGCCUGGAGAGACAACAUACAGACGACACCGGCUGAAUUAGUAUACGGUGAGCCUAUCCGAUUACCCGGUGAGUUACUAUCUCCCACUAACAAAACUACGCCUCAUAACAUUGUCAAUACCUUAAAACGUCAUUUUAACUCAUUGGAAGCGGCCGAAAUGUCGCGUCACGGCAAGAAUUCUAUUUUCUGUUUCAGGAACCUUAGUACUUGCAGUCAUGUACUGGUACGGAAUGACCAGGUUGUACCAUCUUUCACAGCACCAUACGAAGGUCCAUAUCGUGUAACAACUCGACACGACAAAUACUUCAUCGUCGAUUUUCGUGGACGACAAAUUGUUAUUUCAGUGGACAGAUUGGAGCCGGUUUACGAGGCGAAUCCAAUCGACACAACGAUGACGAUUACAAACUCCCGGCCGAAUAACACAGCAACCGAGAGCCCAAAAACGCCGAGUCCGGCAUCUUCUUAUAUCUAA